AUGGCUUUAUGUGUGCUUUGGCAAUGUUAUCAUCUGUCAAGUUGCAGUAUUGCGUACAUGAAGUAUUCAAAACUGACAGCAAUAAAUUGGGGUCUACCUCUUGCUGGACACAAACUUAAUGUAACACCAAUAGCAACGAGCAGAGUGACAAAUCAUAUCAAGUGUAUUACUGAGUGUGCAAAAACUAAAGGAUGCGUCGCUAUAAACCUUGGGCCAUCACAAGCCGGAGAGCACGAGUGUGAAAUGUUGCAAACAACACGUCAUUCAUUAUUUAAUGCAAAUGUCAUGCUAAAUUCAAUAUCAAAUGCAAUAUUCAUUGCGAAACCAGACUGGACAUACGUUGGGCCUAAGGUAUAAUAAUAUAGUAUAAUUUAUUAAUUUAACUUUACAUCCUUUAUGCAUGAACAAAUACAUAUAGAUAAUAAAUUUAAGUAUAUACAAAUAUAGAUGAAAUCUGGGCCCUAAAAUCUUUUAUGCUUAAGAAUUGCAAAGUGAUUUCUUUGGAAAUUCCGAGGUUGUGUUUUUUUUUAUACACCCUGGGGCCGGUUGUAUAAAAACGUAGUUAGCGCUAACUGCAGUUAAAAAGUAGUUAACUCUUUUUCGUUCGCUGCUGAAAUAACCAGGGGCCGUUGUAUAAAACUCUUAAUCACUUUUUUAAUCACUAUUUUGUAGUUAAAUAGUGAUUAACUCUCAAAUACGCGCUUUUUAUUGGAUGACGUUUCCACUAACUAUAGUUAACUUUAAUCACUUUUUUAUACAAUCGACCCCAGUAUAAUUGUGAUCCUAAUUAGUAUGAUUAUAUAAUUGUUCAUCCUAAUUAGUAUUCUUUUGUGGUCGUAUUUUAAGCUAUUCAAAACACUCGAACUCGCGUUUUAUCAUAUCUAAAACGAUCGGCUGCGCCUCGCGUUUUAAAUAAGAUAAAACACUUCUUCUCGUGUUUUAAAUAGUACUUCAUCGUGCUUGCACAUUUCACCUCAGCCAUCCUUAUUGAACGACCACCAUGUCUUGAUAGAACAUGGAAAAAUUAAGGUUAGAUGUAAAGUCAACAGGACAGAAAUACCAUGUUAAGGCUUACUCCAAACAGCUAGGUCAAACAAACUUUAUUGUUUUGUAUAAUAGUUAUAUUAAUGACAAUAUAUGAGUUCAAAAAUUUACUAAUGUUAAUUUAUAUUUACCAGACUAAAUGUGAUGCUUAUCCAUGUCCUAAGAAGUUAUUGUGUAUUUCACAAGAACAUGAAUCAACUGGUUAUACAUGCGUAGAACCCGCAAAAGGUGCAGUGAUACUUAAUUUGUUAUAAUACUGCUGUUUAUCUAAUCCGGCCGUCUAUCAUGCCGAACUAUACGCACGAUGGACGGAUUUCAAGAGCUGCGAGGAAAUAAUUUUUUGUCAGAAUUUGGGUUUCAGAACGUAUACAGUAAAUCCUUGUGCUGAGUUGAUUUUCAUGCGUAAUAAUGUGGCACAAAUAACUCGAUAAGUUUGGCCUUCUUUCUUUCAAUGGUGUAUUCCCUUUGGCACCACCCGAUUAAAGUAUAGUGCCAAGGGCCAUUGGGAGCCCCUGUGCGUGAUGGCAAUUUUAGUAAAUUUUACAUCUAAUUCUUCUUAGGGUAGCCGCCAACUAACACCCGUCGUUGUCGCCGCUUUUAUUAUGCAGUUUAAUUUAAAAGGCCGUAGAACAAGCGGUGGACACGGACUUUACGGUUAAAAGCUUGUUUUCGCCUUGCAUUAACCGAGACAAACAAAGUUUACUGAUCAAGAACGCAUCAGCAUCGAAACUGACUUCGCAACAUUACAUGAUAAGAAUAUUUUUAUUACGAAAUGAUGAAACCUGGAAGAUGAAACUUACGGAACACAAAGCCGUACACGUAAACAUGUUUGGAAAAGCCGUGCAUAAAAAAUUUGUGAUAAUUUAGCAUUUGCAGAAACACAACAAGAACUAUUUCAAACGUAUUCAGAUAUCUGUAGCUAGUCCGUCAUCAAAAUCGUCAAUUCCUUAAUUGUCAGGACGAGGUCUAGAGGGUCCUUUUCAGUUCAAUUAAGUCAAAGGCCUUUUAGCACGACAAAGUUACGCCAUUGUCUUGCCAUGAUAAUGUUUUUAAUGAGCUACUUUUGCAAGCGCUAAUAUGUGCUACAUAUUAAAAACCGGUACCGGACGAAUUUGGAACCGGGCUGAAAUUCGUCCAUUUUGGCAGUGUAAACACACGAGAACCACAGAACAGGACGAAUUUGAGACCCCCUAACAGGACGAAUCCACGUGUAAACAGGCGAAAAAGGACGAAUUUCAGACGGGUCCAAAUUCGUCCGGUACCGUGUAAACGAGGACAAAGUACCUUAACCUGUCAUUAAAUCAAUACAAAACGUAAACAUAACAAGAACUAUUUCAAACGUAAUCCGAUAUCCGUUGAAAGAAACAAAACGCACAAAUUAACUCACUAUUUGUAAGAAGUGCGAAGUGCAUUAUAUAUGAUUAUGAUGUAAUGCUUGUUGAUUACAAUGGCCUUUAGCACAUUUCAAUUAAAGGUUGCAGUGCGUCAACGACAAAAAUACAUCAUUAAGCUACGAUUUGGCGUGUACGAUUCGUAUUUGGCAUGGUGUAUGGACAUUACUAUACUACUGUCGCCACAACUCCGCUGUAUUUGCUGUUUAUUGCAAAAUUUGAAAUGAACCAUUUUAUGCGUGCUUAUUCGAUUACAUACACCAGAAUACGAAUCAUACAUGACGUUUUAUGCAAUUAUGGUAUAACGUCGACAAUCGGUCACUUAGCUUAGCAAAUUAUCAACCAUCCAGCUACGCAUUUAGUCUACAAUUCGAACCUGGUUCGGACAGGCGUCUGCUUUACAUCAUAAAAUCACAGUUACUUCUAGAUCUCUAACCUAGAGAAUCGUUUCUAUUUUUAUGCUACAGUUGGUGAUCGCAUUAUCAGUCGUAGGACAAACAACAAAUAUUUCGCUGGUAAAAUUGCAUCUAUUUCUGGAAAAUAUAUUGGCAUCUUGUUUGACGAUGGUGAUACAAUCACACAUUCUCUAGAUGACGUUACCGCUGUGUUUACCGAUACGGUUCCUGUCUCCGUCGAGUAUAAGGACCAUGUGAUUGCGGCAUGGCAAGGAAGUUACGCACAGUACAUCGGGCACGUGAUUGAAGUGAGCGAAUCUCAAGGCUUCAAGGUUCGUUUUGCUGAUAAUGACGAAUCCUGGUACCAAAAAAACCAACUUAGAAUCUUUCCAAUCGUUGCAACGGUCCACGAUG